UCCUUUUCUUCUUCUUCAUUCUACCACCCAGCCACCCUCAACCCAGACCACACUACCUAGCCACCCAUCCUCGUACGACCACAACCACCGCCAUUGGCGACUGUCGUCGCCUACCCCUCUAUCUCUUCUUUCUUCUCUUUCUUCCCUCUUUCUCCAUUUCUUUCUGCCCUGUUUUCUGCACCAGCCCUCUGUUCGCGCCACAACUUCGGCGACACCACCCCACCAGCGGCAAAAUUCUGUGCCACUGCGGCAACACCACCACUGCUCCCUCUCUUUCCACCCUUCUUCUUCCUUUCGUCAACACAGGAUGCAUCGUAAGGGCAAAGCACCGGCUUCUUCGUUGGCUCCUGCCGAUGUCAAUCCAAGCACUCAGUCAGAUACUUUUGUAAAUGAAGAGGCCCAGAAGCAAUAUAAGAAUCUAGAAAAGAAAGCCUUCCAUUAUGAGAGAGAACUGGAUGUUCUGGUUAGAUAUGCGGAUUCUAUCCACGACCGGCUUAAUUACUAUCAGUGGAAGUUCAUAGAACUCGAUCCAUUAGAGAUAAAUGAGCACAUGGUGAAAAAGUUCUAUGGGAAUUUACUGAAAGUAGACGCUAAAAUAGUUUUUCUCCGAGGGGUGCAGUUAGACACCUCAACACAUGCAUUUGAGGCUCUCCUUCAGCUUUCUCACAUUCCGCCAAACCGUAAUGCUUAUAUCAAGAUAGUGGCGGAUUUGAUUCAGGGCAAAAUUUCACUAGACGCAGUUUUGAAGAAGAUUGACCGACCUGAUGCCUAUUGGGAGAACAGUAAGGGAGAGAACGCCGUUCCCAUUAUCAUUGCAUGCUCUCAUUUACACCCUAAGGCAAGGAUUUAGCAGCAAAUCAUUGCCAACUACAUACUGCCGAGUAAGCAUGCUACACAUAUCCGAGUCCGAGUUGCGGUGCUUCUUUGGGCUAUUCUAGAGGGUAAGAAGAUUUCUGUUUUACCCCUUAUCAGAGAGCGAUGUGGAAGGUAAACCAGCAGUAGAAAUAUGAUAUUCCUUUCCCAUCGAUGAUCAUGAGAUUGGCUACAUUAUCUGGGGUAGAGCGGAGGCUGGGUGACCGGAUGUCUACCCUUAUUAGUAACUUUCCAUUUUUUCCAUUCAGGGAAUGGGAGGGGCUGACAUAGAAGAAAAGGAAGACUAUUGAGCUAUCAUCAUCAGCAGCACCACCAUUGCCUUCAGCACCUAUACCGGCAGCUUGACCCACUUAUGAGUUGGUUCAGGACAUUCUUCAAGCACUCCACCACCACGAGCGCCGUAGCGAGCAUCGUUUGUAGUGGAUAGUGGCGAGGCUUGACGGACGAGACUUUGGACCACCUCCAGGGCACACACCAGAGCCAAAACCAGAGCCCGAGCCAGAGCUUGAGACUGAGCCGGUGGUACAGCAGGAGGCAGCUGCAGAGGUUAUUGUAAAACUGACCCGAUAUAUCAUUGUCUACCAGCCACCACAGCACCCACCACCGCCAGAUGGUGGAGCUUCACAGAGCUAGUCAUCCCCAUCCUGAUUUUUUUGGCACGGAGGACCGUGCAAUGCUUAAGUGUGUGGGAGGAUUCGCUACUUUUUGGGUGUAAAAAUUCUCUCCUAAACACUUGUUAUCCAGUCAUUUUAGUUUUUUAUUAUGCUUUUGUGGAUAUUUAUAGUACUUUGUCUU